AUGAGAAUUUAUUCCUAUGUCACUUGGUUCAAAGAAGAGGACUACAUUGGCACUGUGGUGUCAUUUCCAUCGGGUUCAUGGAAGCUGGACCGCAAAAUCACCGAGAACGAAUCAUUCAAUUCCCAAACCGAGUGGGAAACCUACAAACUCUGCUCCGAGGCGCGCGCGGUCUUCUUCUGCUCGAAGGUAUCAGGCGACGGCCCAUCAGACGCUGUGAUCAAGAUCCACAUGCAAAUUCCCUGGAUAGACACAAUCAACAAGGGACCAGCGAUCCGUGCCCAGCAAGCAUGUUCUGGACGGUUCUCCAGUGCUCGCGGAGAGGUGCAGGCUCUGUCAAUUUUUACGAAGAAAAACUGCUCCAGCACGCCUACACUCCCGGACUCCAAACACAUCAGACAGGCUGGUGAUCAAUGGAUCCCGCGCGGGUUCAUGUGGUAUAUUCUGAUGGAACGCCUGCCCGGGAUCAACCCCGAACUACCUUUUGAGCGCGAGAUGGAUCGCGCAGAGAGAGACGCUCUGCGAGCGGCGUUUAAGGUCGCGUGGCUGUGA